AUGCAAAUGUCCUCCACCCACCCCAACACCUCCUACACCCUCGCCUGGAUCUGCGCCCUCCCCGAAGAAUACGAAGUCGCGAUCGCCUUCCUCGAUGAAAUCCACGGCAUACCACAGCAUCAACCUCUCGAAGAUAAGAAUGCCUAUCUAUUAGGGAGAAUAGGUCAACACCACGUCGUGAUGGUCUGUCUGCCUGCAGGACGGAUGGGGACAGCGGCUGCUGCUUCUGUAGCGGAGAAUCUGUGUCGGACGUUUUGGUCAGUGAGGUACGGGUUGCUUGUUGGUAUUGGAGGUGGUGUUCCCGGUGUAGUCUCCGGGAAGGAUAUUCGGUUGGGAGAUGUGGUGGUUAGUGUUCCGGGGGGUGGGAAUGGAGGGGUUGUGCAAUAUGACCUUGAAGACGGUGAAGUACACCAUGGGCAACUCAACUCCCCGCCGGAGAAGUUGCUAUCUUAUGUGACGCUGCUGAAUAUUCUUAUGCGGAGUCCGAGGAUAUCUGGGAACUGCUUUCGGGAGCAGUUGGAGCUUCUUGGGCAGGAGUAUGAGUAUCCUGCUCAUCUUGAAGAUAGGUUAUUCUGUUCACGGUAUUGGCAUCAGUUUGAGGGAGGCUGCGAAGCUUGUGGCAAUAAUUGUGGUGAAAUAUACAGGAAUAAGAGGGAUGAUACACUACCUGCUGUGCAUUUAGGUACGAUUGCUUCAGGGAACACGGUUGUUGGUGAUGGAGUGACGAGGGAUAUGAUAAAUCAUCGAUAUGGGAACUCCAUUUUGUGUUUCGAAAUGGAGGCUGCGGGAAUUAUGAAUGCCUUGCCUUGUUUGGUUGUUAGAGGUAUUAGUGAUUAUGCAGACUCGAGGAAAAACGAUGAGUGGCGGCCGCGUGCUAUUGCUGGUGCUUGCAGCUAUGCAAAGGCUUUGAUUUUGCAUAUUCCGCGGGAGGAGGUGCCGCAGCACGAGAAUCUCGUACAUGUGACAGAUCUGGAUAAAGGCGGCUAUUGCUGGUCUCUGGCAUUUACAGAAAGGUGA